AUGUCCACUCUCACGCCGUCUGAAGCUGGCCGCGCGCCGACCUGGGACGCCAUCGUCCAGGAGCGAGAUGCACAGGUCCAUCAUCAGACUGCCUUCAUCCCGCGCUCUGCUCUUGCCGACGGAUCUCGUGCAAGGCGGGCAAACACUCUCAAUGACGCUAGACCUGUAUUGGAUACACCUGGUUACAGCAACGUCAACAUUGAUAUCCCACUGGAUCCGCAGUCUUCAUUGCAUAUGGAGGUCACUCACGAUGGUAUGGUUACUGAGCUCGUCGCUCGAUUUGAGUCUUAUGGCGCUUACUCUGACGUCUGCGAAGUAUCUAACGAUAACCCAACCGAGUCACCUUCCGAUAUCGACAACGUUGCUGUACAGAAAGCGGAGCACCAGUACAAUACGUAUACCAUCGGUACAUCAGGACGCAGUCCCCGCAAAUCCAUACCCGCCCAAUGGCUUACGAAGAGUACUGCCCCCAAUCUCGCAACAGCGCAACGUGCCAAGGCAAGGACAUCCAAGACAGCAUGGGAUAGUGACUCUCCGGAUGAAGUCAAGACAUUGCGUGGAACGCGCAGUUCCGUCGAUCUCAGUAGAGCUCAUGGCAAGGAAGGCGCAACGUUUCUUACAAAGGAAGCCCUAGCUACUGUCGAUAGCACCAUAGCAUCGCCCACGUCUCCGCUCAGCCCCAGCAGACUGCAUGGCUCUCCAACGAAGCGGCCAUGGAACAGUCCCACCGGGUCACCUCUCCGCAGCAGCGCCCGCCAUCAGUCCAGCUUCUCCCUUCGCAUGUCGCCGACAAAGCCGACACACCUAAAUACCGACUCGAUUUCUGCAGGACACUCGCGAGCAUCUAGCAGCGUUGCGACAUCCACCGGCAGGGCUUCGUUUCACACUGUACAGGGGUCGCCAGUAAGGAGUCCUGCAAGCACGGAGCAUAGCUUCCAAUCUGCUGCAGAGAACCCUGAAGACCUUGACGUCCCCAGUGUUGACUUGUAUGCUGAUAGCGAUGAUGAGCAGGUGCACUACGAGCCCGGUAGUCCGCGAUCUGACACCGCGAGAACGAACGCUGAAGGAAAGCGAAAGUCAUUGACACCGAGGCUUUCGCUUGUCAUUCCUACGCCUCGCCGUGACAAUCGUGAAGAUUCCAUGGACUCCCGCCUUGCCGAUGGUCCGCUGAGUCCAGAUUCACCCACGCAGGUGUCGCGUAUUCCCCGAGCCGGCGCCGCCAGCAAGACCGCACCCCCCGUACGCACCAUCAAGCGCGUCGAAUCUGUCAAAUCAUUGCAGAAGAAGAUCAAGGAGCUACAGCUAGCCAUGCAGAUGGAUGCAGCCCAGUUAGAUGCUAUCCAGAUCCCCCUACCCGCGACGCCUGCGCCGGCCCCUCUACGCCACGUUCGCACCGUCGACAGCACCGGUUCAACUCCGAUCAUCUCGCGAAGUUCAGGAUCGCACAAACCUGGUGGAAUGACUGAUGUCGCUUCAGAAGAUGACCAAGUACAGUCUACUCGCGGCAAAGGUCCUGCCAUUUCUGCCGAUGUCACCAGCCCAGACCAGCCAGCCGACGCACCGGGAUGUGAUGCUAGCUACGAGCACGCGCAAACGUUCAAGGUCGAUCAAGAGGCAGCGCAGAACGCUGUACAACCCAAGAACGUGCCAUGGGGUGUCCCGACAAGUCUUGCUCAUGGUACGACGCUCACACCUCCUAUCAGCGUACCCACGAUCGUCGUCAUGAUGGCUCACAAUUUGGACAUAGGGAACCUGAACCUCAACACCCAACAACACGAGGCUGUUUCCGACUCCACGAACCGAGUCGAUGACGUCGAGAACGCGUCUUCAUCCAGAGGGCGAAGUGAACGUAUGGGCUCGGACCUUCGCGCAACUGCUACGGAAUUCGUACCUCAGCCUCCGACCACGACCAGUCCGAUCGACGCUACCACGGAGAACACACCUCUCAGUCAAUCUCUCGACAUAGCCGACCUGCCGGAUGCGACGGUGCUCGAUAGAAACGGCGUACCUUUCCUCUGGUACAUGUACGGCGUACAGUUUGCUUACGAACAGGGUUACCGCAACGGUCGUCCAAAGUCGCCCAAGAAGUACAAGCCGAACAAGAACCAGCGCAAGUCUAUCUCCUCUCCAGCCGAUGCUGCGCCUUAUUCCUCAAAGGCCGUCCCCAUCAACAACCCCGGACCAGCAACUCCUCUUUCGGCGGCAGCGAAGCAGCGCAUCACAUCCGCAGAGCUGAUGCCGCCUCCGCCGCUCCCUACAAGACCACGUCAGGAGGAGACUCACCAAGAAAACUACCAUCCAGGAUCUAGUCGCAUGAUGUCACCCCCGCAGAUACUCGAGCCUGUCCCAAACCAGCCUUUCGCACACCAGCUUAGUUUGAUCGAACAGACCGCCAACAGCAACCGCGCCAACAGCAACGCUCCCCGUCACUUUGGUGUUAACCCACAGCCCUGGGUUAGUUUCCCAUCUGGCCCUCGCAACGCGCAUCCUCCCACGUACUACACAGUACCCCGCCAUGGUCACCGCAACAACCGUGGCAAUGGCCUGUACGGCGGUCGUGGCAACGCUGCCGGUGUGCCUAUCGAUGCAACCGCCCCGUUCCCCAACCCUACCGCACCACAGGGCCGACCCGACCAACGCCAGACCUACGAGGCCGCUCCCGUCGACUACUCAGACUACACUAUUGGGAAGGAGUCGUGCGGUCUAGUCAACAUCACUGUUGCGACAGAGCGUGCUGGUGGCGAGCCAUGUAAUGCAUGUGCUCCCGACCAUUGA